AUGACUCUACCCUGGUAUUACAUUGGAGGAUUGACUGCUAUCAGCUACCUCGUUGUCAGGAGCAUCUAUCGUCUUUACUUCCACCCUCUCAGCAAGUUUCCUGGACCAAAGCUAGCCGCCCUGACCCACCUAUAUGAAAUCUACUAUGAUAUAGUCAAAGGCGGGAAGUAUCUCUGGGAGAUGCAGAGAAUGCACGAUCAAUAUGAGCUUCAUAUCAAAGAUCCCUACUAUUUUGACCCCAUUUAUACCGGAAAAGGUCAAGCGAAGGAUCCGUACAUAGUCAGAACAUUUGCCACUCCCCAGUCUACCGCCGCUACAGUCGAGCAUGAUCGCCAUCGCUACCGUCGAGAAUUGGUGAACCCCUUCUUCUCGAAGCGGUCCGUCACGGCCAUGGACCAUAUCGUCCAGGAUAAAGUAGAUAAGGUAUGCGAUCGACUCGCACAGGCGAACGAAAAUGGAACUGUGGUCUCUUUGGACGACUUAUUCGCUGCGUUAACGGCAGAUGUUAUCUCUCACUAUGCAUAUGGCGAGAGUGUAGGCUUUCUUGAUACGAAAGAUCUGAAAAAUGAGUUUCGAGACGCCGUUGCUUCUGCAGGAUUUCUAUGUCACUUUGCACGUUUCUUCUUCGUCGUGUCGAUGAUUGCGGAUGCGGUGCCCGGGCUGGUGGAAUGGAUGCAACCGAGCUCUAAGGGACUGUUUGAAGCCAAACGCAUGAUCGAACAAAUGGCGAAAUCUGCGAUCGAGAAAGACCACGUCAAGGAUGCACAUUCGAGUAAAACGAUCUUUGACGCCCUCUGCGCCGAGUCGGUGCGACCUGAGGAGAGAACGCUUCAAAGGGUGCGGGAUGAGGCGAUGGUUGUUUUUGGUGCAGGUACAGAAACGACAGCAAGAGUGUUGACAAUGGGGUCGUACUUCCUCUUCCGAGAUGCACCGCGUUUGGAGAAAUUACGAGCGGAGGUAAAGACACUCAUGCCAGACUCGACCAGCCACGUCCCUCUGGUCCAGCUGGAGCAGUUGCCGUAUCUAACCGCAGUUAUCAACGAGUCUCUUCGGAUGGCCCAUAGUGUAACGCUGCGAUUGCCGCGGGUUUCGCCAACAGCAUUGGCAUAUAAGGACUACAUCAUUCCUCCAGGGGUAAGCUACUCAGGGCUCAUGACGUUAGUGCGAUCUAACACGAUCUUCUCAGACACCAAAACCUUCAAUCCAGAACGAUGGCUUGAAGCCUCGAGCAAGGGUGAACGACUGACUAAAUUCUUGGUUCCUUUCACAAAAGGUUCUAGGAUGUGCCUAGGGUUGAACCUGGCGUACUCCGAGCUAUACCAGAUGUUUGCUUCCCUAGUUCGUCGCUUCGACCUAGAGAUCCACAACACACCACCAGAGAGCGUUCGUAUAACGCGAGACUUCAUAAUUGGACUGCCCGAGGCAGACUCUCUCAAGGUGCAUAGUCUUGUCACUAAAACUCUGUGACUACAUUGGGAUCGCUGGAGUUAUAAAUGUUUCCGACCCAGGCGCUCGUUUUUUAACUUCCAAACAAGACAAAGCAGUAUAUCAUGCGACCGAUGGG